AUGGAGGUGAAGCAGGAGGUGAUGGAGGUGAAGCUGGAGGUGAUGGAGGUGAAGCUGGAGGUGAAGCAGGAGGUGAUGGAGGUGAAGCAGGAGGUGAAGCAGGAGGUGAUGGAGGUGAAGCAGGAGGUGAAGCAGGAGGUGAUGGAGGUGAAGCAGGAGGUGAUGGAGGUGAAGCAGGAGCAGGAGGUGAUGGAGGUGAAGCUGGAGGUGAUGGAGGUGAAGCUGGAGGUGAAGCAGGAGGUGAUGGAGGUGAAGCAGGAGGUGAAGCAGGAGGUGAUGGAGGUGAAGCAGGAGGUGAAGCAGGAGGUGAUGGAGGUGAAGCAGGAGGUGAUGGAGGUGAAGCAGGAGGUGAAGCAGGAGGUGUGGAGGUGA